AUGGCAGAGGGUGGGGGAGAUAAAUGCAGAAGAAACGAGGACAUCAAACUUGCCUUUAAACGAGCCUUCUGGCCGAAAAUAGAACUGGAUGCUGCCUCAAAAAGGGACCUGAAGAGGUCGUUCAAUCUAUUUGAUUCAGCCGGCCAAGGAAUUGUCUCCAUUGACGCAGUGAAAGUGGCACUACACGCACUGGGUCAUGAUCUGACCAUGAACGAGAAGACCUUCCUGCAUUACAUGUUCCCUACGGACUCAAUCCAGUUUGGUGAAUACCUGGCCCUCCUGUCAGAGUGGAUAUUUAAUAUCGACAGUGACACUGACAUUAGCAAGGCCUUUGAGCUUAUCGACACUGGGGGCAAGGGUUUCAUUGAUAUGGAGGACUUACGUCGGCUGCGGGAUGAACUGGGCUACACCGCAGAGGUCACUGACGCCGAGUUGGCUGAUAUGCUGUUGGGCGGUCAGCACAAGGACGUGGCGGAGGAGUUGGAGCAACAGUACGAAGCCCUGCAGAGCUCCAGUCGACAUCGGAAGGGCCAGGGCUACGCCUCACAGGAGGUUGAUAUGGGUCCCCUUGGCAUGCCCCACGCCGGUAUGACAACGCGCACCUCCUCUGAUCUCCACGUGGAGCCAGAAGACUUGGUGAUCAACUUUUCAAAUUUCAAGCGCAUGAUGCAGAUGAAUGAUGCUCCACCGGAGCCUAUUUAA